CCACCCAUCGCCUGCCUGCCUGCCUCUUCCCUUCUUCCCUCUGCUGUCCACUCACCGGACGCCAUGACGGAGGACGCCGAGGGAUGUGUUGCUGUGGCGGUGGCCGAGGCGGCGGGCAUCAUCUGCUCGCUCCGCGCGGCCGACCUCGCCGGGUGGACGCCGCCCUGGAAGGCCAGCGGGCCGCCGUCGUCCGAAGCCGCGGCGAAGGAGGAGACGGCCUGGCCGGCGGUUGCGCGGGGGAAGCGGACGCGGUCGUCGCGCUCUGGCUCCGCGGCCAACAAGAACAAGGGGCGAUGGGCCCGCGGCAGCCCCGCGUCUCCGCUCGACUACAGCGGCGGGUCCGGCUCCGGCGCGUCCACCAGCGGCGGCGAGGACGGCGCCUUCUGCUCGCCCCUGGCCACCGCCGCGGGCACGCCGUGGUCACCCACCGCCGCCCCAGCUUCUUCCUCCCUGGCCAAGGUGGGCUCUGCCGGGGGAGCUCGGCGCACGUUGAUCCUGCCGGUGCCGCCGGCCCGCACCGCCGGCCAGAGGUCGCGGAAGAAGAUGAGGCUCCCGGAGGUGAAGCAGCUUGUGCUGUCCCUGUCGGCGGAGAACGUCGGCCUUCGCCAGGAGAUGGAGUCGCUGCAGAGGGCCUGCACGGGGCUGUCCAAGGAGAACGGCAGGCUAGAGACAAGGCUGGAGCAUUCAUCCUCCUCAAGCAAGCGGAAGAGGACCGGGUCCGAGGAGGAGGAGCGGCGGCAAAGGAAGCCGCAGCAAGCUGGUGGCGGCUUCGAGCUCCCUGACCUCAACAUUCCGGCGCAGGAUGUCGCCGAUGCACCAGCGGCGGUUCCCUGAUGGCUCGGGAACUCAGUCCAUCUCCGGUGGUGGCGCCUGACGGCUUACCUGACAAGUUCAUUAACCGUGUAUAGGGGAGGAAGCUGAAUCUGGGGCUGGAAGGCCUGUUCUCUGAUCGUGCCUGCUGGCAGGGAGGCAGAGGAACCGGUCUUGUUACCUUAGCUUUUUUUUCUUCUUCUUUCGUUUAGUUUUGACUGUGCGUUUUAAGGUAGGUUGCGAGCACAGUUUACAGGGUAAUCGCGAGGGUGCGAUCUCCGAUAAAAAAACGGGUAAAUCGCCCGAGAGGAUUACAGAGGAAGAUGAAAUGUUUACCAGUUUUUAAGAUGAAAAAAGGCAGGGUAACGCAAAGCA